AAUGUUAUCGAGUCCUGCUCAUCUCCAAACAUUGUUAUUGCCUGCUAACCAAUAUAGGAAUAUAAACUAAAUUACGUUUCAAAAGAUUAACAAUGGGCGUGUUAGGGAAUGUUAUGGGCUACUUCACACAAGAAACAUCCAGGAACAAGAACUUGUCCAUCAUCGCUGGACUACUGUUCUUUGUAGGAUGGUGGAUCCUAAUUGAUGCAAUGUCUAUCGACGGCAAGCACCAGAUUACCACAGGACACGUCUUCAUAGGCAUUUUCGGCACCAUCAGCUUUUGCAUGGUGAACGUCGUCAAAGGAGAGCAUAUUUCCGAAGAACACAAUUCGUCCGAGUCGGGAGCCAGGAUAGCCAAAAUAUGGCUAUUGGUGGGCUUUUUCAUGGGCUUCGCUUCCAUUAUCGCCGCCGUGUGGGUCAUGAUCGAUGACUUCAUCAACAACGAUAAGAAGGAUGGAUGGUUUGGCGUUGCCCUGCUGCUCCAGAACGUGUUCAUCCUUUUUGCCAGCUUAAUCUACAAGUUUGGACGGAACGAAGAGGAUUGGAACGAGUAGAAAGAGUCCAUCCAUUGGCGCACGGGGAAAUGCUGCUUUUAGUUCUUACACUCAUACGUACAUAUUCGAGUCCACGAAUUAAUGUCUUGGGCAGAGGCCACACACGCCCCCACCGGCUUAGCCCCAUUUAAAUGCAUUAACUUAAUCAACUCUCCGUUCCUAGUUCCAAUCAUAUUUUGUGGAAUCGGAAUAUAUGCAAUUUUAAUGCUUUAAAAUAACUAGCCGCUUCUACGGUUUUAAACAUUCUACUGCUCUGACUUAGUUUUAUAAUUUAAAAAAUUGUCAUCGAAUCCGGUUCCGCAGAUUUGGUCGGAAGGGAACGGGAGCUAGGGCCAAUAAUCUCAUUUAUACUAAAAAAGAAAUUUAUAAUAAACGACAAGUCACUUGA